GCAGUGACAGCCGCAUUGGCUGCUGGGCGGAAGAAAUGCGGCCGCCAUCUUGGACCGGUCAUACUCCUAGUUACGUAGCAACCAUAGACAGUAACAGACGCAACAAGAUGCCAGAGCACUGUGCAGCAUAUUCCUGUUCAAAUCGGCGGACCAUCGAAAACAGGGCUCGGGGGAUUACUUUUCACAAGUUUCCCAAGAACAAAGAUGUGAGAAAGAAGUGGGAAGUGGCUUUGAGGAGAGAAGGAUUUACUGCCAGUUGUUCAUCAGUGCUUUGCAGUCACCAUUUUAACCAGGGUGAUUUUGAUAGGAUGGGUCAGAUAGUCCGACUCCGAGAUGGUGUCAUUCCAUCCGUCUUCAGCUUCCCGGUUCACCUCCAAAGAUUGGAAAAAGGCAGGGCUACGUCUACCUCCAGAAGAGCUGAAGAAAGCCUGUCCGUGGCCUCUCAGGAUUCCGAAGAAACGUCAACCUCACACCCACAACCUCAGCCUAAUGAUGAUCAUGGCUAUGCCUUGCCUGCGUCUCCUACCGCUCUUAAGACCAGACUCAAUGAAGCCUUGGCAAGAGUGGAAAGUCUGGAGCGAGAGAAGAAGAAUGCCAUGGCCAGAGAAAAGAGGGCAAAGACCACAGUGAAGAGUCUUUUGGGGGAUUUGAGGGAAAAGAACCUCAUUAAUGAAGAGCUCAAAGACAAGCUUGAAUUCUACUCCGAUCUUCAGAUAGACCUCAUGGCAAAGCAGGGCCAUGAGUACACAAAGGACUACAGAGAGUUUGCGCUCACACUCCAUCUACAUGGUCCAAAGGCAUACAAAUACCUCAGAGAGACUCAACAUUUUCCCCUCCCACAUCCACAUACUGUACAUUACAAAGGUGGAUGCCAAGCCUGGCCUGAACAAGAUGAUGCUGGAUAUGCUGGAGAGAAGAUGCCAGGGAGACCACGCUAAAUAUGGAUGUGUUUCACUCAUGUUGGAUGCCAUGUCCAUCAGAAAACAUGUGCAAUAUAAUCCACAUACCCAGUCAAUGUCUGGUUUUGUAGAUAUGGGUGAUGGAAUCAGUGAGACUGAUGUUGCUACUGAGGCUCUUGUGUUCAUGGUGGUUGGCCUACAAGGACAUUGGAAGGCUCCCAUUGCUUACUUUCUGACCAAGUCUCUCUCUCCAGAAACACAAAGGGUGCUUCUCAGUCAUGCUUUGGAGGAGUUGCAUGCACGGGGCAUUCGGGUGGUAUGUGUGACAAUGGAUGGGCAUGCCUCCAAUGUCAGCAUGUGCAACCAACUUGGGUGUGAGCUGAAGGGAGACCCACGAGAACCGCUUCAAACCAGUUUCUCGCAUCCGGUGACUGGUGAGAAAGUAUAUGUAAUGAUGGAUGCUUGCCACAUGCUCAAGUUGGCACGUAAUAUGUUGCAGGUACUUGUCGGUCAUCGGAUUUGUCAUCAAUAUCGACACGUUGAUGCUGAUGAUUCCUGAACUGCUCCAAGUUCAGCGUUAUGUGCUCACCUACAGGUUCAGCCAGGAUCACUUGGAGCUCCUAUUUAAUUCAAUCAGAGCGUCAGUUCCAGGCCAUCUUCCGCCGUCUGAUGGUUCGGUGUGGUGUCUCACCUGGUGAGACAGGCAAUGUGGCAGCCCAAGAUAACACUGUGUCCCUGUCUGCUGUGGAGAUGUCCUCUCCUGAAACUGCUGAAGAGCACCCAUCUCCAUUUGCCAACAUUUCGGCCCUUGUGUGUGACCACAGUUAUCUCCCCACUCGGUUUGGUGGUCUGGUGGAAAAUGCUUCUGGUCUACAUAGCAGGGUUUGUAGUCCGGCAGAUUCUACGAAAGCUGUCCUGUGAUGUGUGCCGUGCCAGCUUGGUCAGAGAUGCUGUACCAUCUUCAUUUGAAAAGAGCUAUCACCUUCUAGCCCUGAAAACAACGGCGGCCUAGUGAUUCCAUCACAAGGCACAGUGAAGGUGCUGAGAGCUGCAGAGAGGGUGAUCCGCCGAGCUUCAACAACACAAGCUCCUAAGGUGUCGACAGUCAUACACAUCGUCCGGGAGGAGAUUGGAACGGAGGAUGUUUUUCAGCUUGGGGAACACAUUGAGGAGACACAGUUUGGCAUCGACAAUCAUCAUUUUGACUUGUUGUCAUUGGUUGUGUCUGUGUUUCUCAAAAUAAGGCUGCACCACAUUGCCAAACUCACCUCCCUCGAACUGCAGAAAUGGAGCACGAGAAAGAAGCUCUGCAAAACUCCUCUUUCAGG